CCAAUGAGCGCGCGCCGCGUCCGGGGCCGGCUGGUGCGCGAGACGCCGCGGAGAGAUUGGUGGCUAAUGUAACAGUUUGCAAACCGAGGGGAGUUGUGAAGGGCGCGGGCUUGGGGGCGCCCUGCCGGCCUCGUGGGUACGUCCGCCGCCGCGUUUGUCCCAGAGCUGGGGCCGCAGGAGCGCAGAGGCACAAUGGCAGCCACCGUCAGGAGGCAGAGGCCGAGGAGGCUAGCCUGUUGGGCCUUGAUGGCUGUGCUCUUGGCAGAUCUGUUGGCACUGAGUGACACGCUGGCAGUGAUGUCUGUGGACCUGGGCAGCGAGUCCAUGAAGGUGGCCAUCGUCAAACCCGGAGUGCCCAUGGAAAUUGUCUUGAACAAGGAAUCCCGGAGGAAAACCCCAGUGACUGUGACCCUGAAAGAAAAUGAAAGAUUCUUUGGAGACAGUGCAGCAAGCAUGGCCAUCAAGAAUCCAAAGGCGACACUGCGUUACUUCCAGCACCUCUUGGGGAAGCAGGAGGGAAACCCCCAUGUGGCCCUUUACAGAGCCCGUUUUCCAGAGCAUGAGCUAGGCUUCGACCCACAGAGGCAGACUGUGCACUUCCAGAUCAGUCCGCAGCUACAGUUCUCACCCGAGGAGGUACUCGGCAUGGUUCUCAAUUACUCACGUUCCCUGGCUGAAGAUUUUGCAGAGCAGCCCAUCAAGGAUGCAGUGAUCACCGUGCCAGCCUUCUUCAAUCAGGCCGAGCGCCGAGCUGUGCUGCAGGCGGCUCGCAUGGCUGGCCUCAAAGUGCUACAGCUCAUCAAUGACAACACCGCCACCGCCCUCAGCUACGGCGUCUUCCGCCGGAAAGAUAUCAACACCACUGCCCAGAACGUCAUGUUCUAUGACAUGGGCUCUGGCAGCACCGUGUGCACCAUUGUCACCUACCAGAUGGUGAAGACUAAGGAGGCGGGGAUGCAGCCACAGCUGCAGAUCCGGGGAGUGGGAUUUGACCGCACCCUGGGGGGCUUGGAGAUGGAACUCCGGCUGCGUGAGCACCUGGCAAGGCUUUUCAACAAGCAGCGGAAGGGCCAGGGAGCUAAGGAUGUGCGGGAGAACCCCCGUGCCAUGGCCAAGCUGCUACGGGAGGCGAAUCGACUCAAAACCGUCCUGAGUGCCAACGCUGAUCACAUGGCACAGAUCGAGGGCCUGAUGGAUGAUGUGGACUUCAAGGCGAAAGUGACCCGUGCGGAGUUUGAAGAGUUGUGUGCAGAUUUAUUUGAGCGGGUGCCCGGGCCUGUGCAGCAGGCCCUCCAGAGUGCCGAAAUGAAUUUGGAUGAGGUUGAGCAGGUGAUCCUGGUUGGUGGGGCCACUCGGGUCCCCAAAGUUCAGGAGGUGCUGUUGAAGGCUGUGGGCAAGGAGGAACUGGGGAAGAACAUCAACGCAGACGAAGCAGCUGCUAUGGGGGCUGUGUACCAGGCAGCCGCACUCAGUAAAGCCUUCAAGGUGAAGCCAUUUGUAGUGCGAGAUGCGGUGAUCUACCCCAUCCUGGUGGAGUUCACAAGGGAGGUGGAGGAGGAGCCUGGGGUUCGCAGCCUGAAGCACAAUAAGCGUGUUCUCUUCUCCCGAAUGGGGCCCUACCCUCAACGCAAAGUCAUCACCUUUAACCGCUACAACCAUGACUUUAACUUCCACAUCAACUAUGGUGACCUGGGCUUCCUGGGGCCUGAGGAUCUUCGGGUAUUUGGCUCCCAGAAUUUGACCACAGUGAAGCUGAAAGGUGUGGGUGAGAGCUUCAAGAAGUAUCCCGACUACGAGUCUAAGGGCAUCAAGGCUCACUUCAACCUGGAUGAGAGUGGCGUGCUCAGCCUCAUCAGGGUGGAGUCUGUGUUUGAGACAUUGGUGGAGGACAGCCCAGAGGAGGAAUCUACCUUGACCAAACUUGGCAACACCAUCUCCAGCCUGUUUGGAGGUGGUACCACACCAGACACUAAAGAGAAUGGUACAGACACUGUCCAGGUAAGGCCAGCACGGAGCCAGGGGAGCUUGGAGGAUGGUGAAUGGGGCCGGGUAGUAGCAACAGAGGCAGGGAGGGAUUGGGGCAGGCAUUCCAGCUGCCUAGGACUGACUAGACCCCCGCCCUCCCCGCUUUCCCCGGGCCUUUGCCGAGUGAACCAUACCCUCCUCUGGACCCUGAGCUGUCCCUGUGCUCGGGCUCCAGGGCACAUUCCCUCCAUCUCGAAGCACUGCUCCUCCAACCAGACUGCCUGCCGUAGUCUGGACAGCCUGUUACCGUAUGGUCAUCUGCCUGUCCCCAGGCUGUGCUGGGAGCAGCAGGCCCCUUCGCAGCAGAGCCUGGGGGAUUUGGCGUUGCCGGCUGAGCGAUUCAUCCAUAGGCUCUGCUGGGGACCUCUUGUUUCCCAGGAGGAAGAGGAGAGCCCUGCUGAGGGGAGCAAGGAUGAGCCUGGAGAGCAAGCAGAGCUCAAGGAGGAGGCGGAGGCCCCAGUGGAGGACACCUCUCCGCCCCCACCCACUGAGCCGAAGGAGGCUGCAGUUCCUGAGGAAGAAAAGGCCACAGAAAAAGAAAACGAGGAAAAGCCUGAGGCCCAGAAGCCAAGUGAGAAAAAGGAGGCAGGGUCUGAGGCUGCCCCUCCAGCCCCAGAGGAAGAAAAGAAGCAGAAGCCUGCCCGGAAGCAAAGAAUGGUAGAGGAGAUUGGGGUGGAGCUGGUGGUUCUGGACCUGCCUGACUUGCCCGAGGAUGAGCUGGCCCACUCAGUGCAAAAACUUCAAGACUUGACAUCCCGAGACCUAGAGAAGCAGGAACGGGAGAAGGCUGCCAACAGCUUGGAAGCUUUUAUUUUUGAGACCCAGGACAAACUGUACCAACCCGAGUACCAGGAAGUGUCCACAGAGGAGCAGCGCGAGGAGAUCUCUGGGAAACUCGGCGCUGCCUCUGCCUGGCUGGAGGACGAGGGCUUCGGGGCCACCACAGUGAUGCUGAAGGAGAAGCUGACUGAGCUGAGGAAGCUAUGCCACGGGUUGUUUUUUCGGGUAGAAGAGCGCAAGAAGUGGCCUGAACGGCUGGCUGCCCUUGAUAAUCUCCUCAACCAUUCCAGCAUGUUCCUCAAGGGCGCCCGGCUCAUCCCAGAGAUGGAGCAGAUCUUCACUGAGGUGGAGAUGACAACGCUGGAGAAAGUCAUCAACGAGACCUGGGCCUGGAAGAAUGCGACCACGGCCGAGCAGGCCAAGCUUCCCGCCACAGAGAAACCCGUGUUGCUCUCAAAAGACAUCGAGGCCAAGAUGAUGGCCCUGGACCGUGAGGUGCAGUAUCUGCUCAACAAGGCCAAGUUUACCAAGCCCCGGCCCCGACCCAAGGACAAGAAUGCAACCCGGGCAGAGCCUCCCCUCAAUGCCAGUGCCAGUGACCAAGCAGAGAAGGUCAUCCCCCCACCAGGCCAGACUGAAGAUGCGAAGCCCAUUUCAGAACCUGAGAAAGAGACUGCAGGAUCUGAACAGGCAGACACCGAACCUCUGGAGUUAGAAGGUCCUGGAGCAGAACCGGAACAGAAGGAGCAGCCGACAGGACAGAAGCGGACUUUGAAGAAUGAUGAAUUAUAACCAACCCCCCAGCUCCCCCUCUCACCCCUCCCCCUUCUCCUACCUCCUCUAUUUAUUAAACAUCGAGGGUCGGGGGAGGGGUUGCUCCUGCCUUCAGAGGCUUCGGUUCCUUUUCUCUCACCUUGAUUGGAGGUGUGGAGAAGGGGGAGGAAGGGACAGCUCACCAGUUCCUUCGGCAGUGGUUCUGUGGUAAAAACUGAAAUUGUUUUAUUUCCCAGUCCCACCCCUGGUUCCUUACCCAUCCAGGCCCUCGUUUGGGGAAAAUCACUAUUAUGUCUUAAUUCUUUGCCUGUGGGUAGGUGAGAGAUUGGCUGUUGAUGGGGUCGAUGGACCUGGCAGGUGGGAGAGGGAUGCCCUGGGCUAUUAGAGAGUCUCCAGUCUUCUCUGUCCUCCUCCCUGCUUCCCUCUUCCACUACCAAGUCCGCCCCUACAGGGGCCAGUGUCUACAGAGCCUUGGUUACCAGGUCUGGUUUCUGAGUGCCUAUCUAUGCUCUUUCCUCCUCCAAGGUCUUGUCUUUCCCUAAAAGGCCCCAUCCCCGGUGACGACUCUUCCCCUGGUUUCCUUGGCUUCCGGUUGUGAGUAAGGCAGCUGUCUGCCUCUUGCCCCAGCCUUUCCAUCUGGACUGGCUGCAGUAAAGCUAGAUCCAUCCCCACCCGCGGUGGCCAGAGUAGGCAGCAAGAACGUGAAGAAGGGAAGCCAGCCGCCUCUGUGGGAGAGACGUCUGAAAACCCGGGAGCUCCCACUUAUGGCCUCUCAGACACAGGAAAGCGUGUGGAGUGACCAGCGUGGGAUGCCAGCAUCCUGCGAGCACUGUCAGAGUCUGCAUCUUCCCUUUUCCUGUCCCUCCGUGUCCCUGUGACUCCUGGCCCUCUCUGCUCUCCUGUCUUCUGCCCUCCUAGAUAUGGCCUUUCCCUGGUCCCUUGGCCCCCUGGGCUGACCAAAAUGUGCUUUCUACUGUGAGCCCCUAUCCCAAGACCCUGGGAGAAGGAGAGACCAUGGCGUGAAUGUAAAAAUGCCACCUCACCCUCUUUGAGGCAGGCCGUGUGGGUGAAGGAAGAGGGUGUGGGCUGGCCUGCCUUUCUUGCAUUGCUCUGCUACGAUGGAGGCUCUUUACCCAUCAUGCCGAUGUUGGGGAGCCUGUCCUCCAGUAUUCGUCUGGAGCAGGAGCCACAGCGCCACCCAGCUCCCAGGGCAAGGGGGAACCUGGUUGUGUCUGUCCUUUGUCUUUUUUCCUUUUUUUUUUUUUUUUUUUUUUGCCACAUUGGCAGAUAUGAGACUUAAGGGUCCCACCCCAUCCUGUAUGUUUGAGUUCUUUCACUAGCGGUUGAGGCUGGUUGGACAGGUUUGAGUCAAAUUGUACUUUGGUCCAUUGUUAAUUGAGAAACUGUUUCAAUAAAAUAUUCUUUUCUACA